GCGCGCGUUAUUACCGGCCAGUCCGCAACGCGAAUCUGUCGUGAGCACACGUGUGUCGAAAUCUUAUACAUUAACUACGAAACCAUGUCCACAGCCGACGGAGGACCUGUUAUUUGCAACAGUUGCAAUAGCGCUAUUCAAGGCAGAAUAGUAACAGCGCUGAACAAGAAAUGGCACCCCGAACACUUCACUUGUAACACAUGCCGCAAGCCGAUCGACGGUGCCAAGUUCCACCAGCACGACGGCGGCGUGCACUGCGUGCCGUGUUACACGCAGCACCACAGCCCGAGGUGCCACGGCUGUGGGGAUCCCAUUACCGAUCGCGUGAUCCAAGCUCUGGGCGUGUCGUGGCACGCGCAUCACUUCGUCUGCGGAGGAUGCAGGAAAGAGCUGGGAGGGGGCGGAUUUAUGGAACAGGCCGGUCGCCCGUACUGCUCGUCAUGUUACGCGGACAAGUUCGCCGCUCGCUGCGCGGGCUGCGGCACGCCGAUCGUGGACAAAGCCAUCAUCGCGCUGGAUGCCAAAUGGCAUCGCGACUGCUUCACUUGCAAUAAAUGCCGGAACCCCGUCACCGAUUCCACAUUCUCGGUGCUGGACAACAAACCGCUCUGCGGCAAAUGCGCAUAAAAUGCUCGAAAAUACAUCUUACUAUUUAUUUAAACCACCCAACGACAAAGUCCAAAGUGCACGCACAAUACACAUAAAAUCAUCAAUAUUUAAAAUCGUACA